AUGUCUUUACCACAACGUCCGGGAAACAUACCUCCCCGGCGAGAUGACCGUGCAGUCUAUCGAGACCCUCCACGACGACGACGGCGCCGGGAUAGCGAUACCGAAGGCGACACAAGCGACCCCUACCAUCGAUCUACUUCCUCCCAUCGGCAUCGUCGUUAUCGCUAUGGAAGCUCUCAGAGGUCAGAAGCACCCCGGGACGUUGACGAAGAGAGAAACAUGCCCGGCGCAGAUACACGUCACAGGAGAAACCUGGUUAAACCCGAGCGCAGUCGCAUCGAUCCCAGCCAUCCGACCUACUAUUAUCAACAACACUCCCAGAAUAUGCCUGUCAAUCCAUCAACGACGGGAAACGAGCCUCUUCCAGACGAUGACUCGGAUAGUCCACACAGUGCGGAGGAUCAACCGGUGAAAGUCACAAAACCGAUCGAACGGCGACAGCGCAAGAGACGACGCGUAUCCCGCAAAGUGUCGAAGCAGGCUGAGAUAGAGCAAAAGAGGCGACAGGAUGCUAUGGAACAGGUCCGGCCACCUAGCCCGUGGACGGCUUAUUGUGCGCUCAUCACAUUCUGGGCACCGGAUUUUGUUCUGGAAUGCUUUGGAAUGCCACAAAAGGCCCAACGGAGUGCUUGGCGGGAAAAGAUAGGUCUGAUUUCCAUUAUCCUGAUGAUUGCGGCAUUUGUCGGUUUCCUUACAUUUGGAUUCACGGCUACGGUCUGUGGGACACCGCCACUGCGCUUGAAAAUCAACCAGAUCAACACCAACUACAUGAUCUUCCAGGGGUCGGCUUAUGAUCUCACCAAGUUCAAGCAUCCCGCCGCCGCUGGUAUCCCCGACAACACGAAUCUUCUCUAUGACUUGCCUCACAAAUACGGUGGUCAGGAUGGGAGUUUCUUCUUUCAAGAGGUCAAUGGUGCCUGCAAGGGUCUCAUUACCCUGGCUGACGGGUCGGAUGUGCCCUCGAAUAGUGACGGAGAUGUGGCUUGGUACUUUCCCUGCAGAGCCUUCAACCAAGAUGGUUCGUCUGAGCUCAACCAGACAGAAUCGUACUAUGCCGGCUGGGCCUGCCAUACUUCAGGCAUGGCCCGGAAUCAAUUCUGGAGCAUGAAGAGCGAGGGAGACGUUUAUUUUACGUGGGAGGAUACGAAAAAUUCUAGUCGGAACUUGGCCGUUUACUCCGGAAAUGUGCUAGACCUCGAUCUUCUCCGUUGGAUGAACGGUUCGCAGGUUCAAUACCCGUCCAAAUUCGAAGAACUCCGAACCAAUUCGGAUGUCCGUGGUGUCGACUUAACGUAUUAUCUGCAAACCGGUCAGGAUAAGCAAAUAGGGAAGUGUCUCUCCCAAAUUGUCAAGGUCGGCAGCAUCGACACAGAUACGGUUGGAUGUAUUGCCUCCAAAGUUGUCCUUUACGUUUCCCUUGUCUUCAUUCUCUCCAUCGUCAUCGUGAAGUUCGCCUUUGCGCUUCUCUUCCAAUGGUUUUUAGCACCCCGCUUUGCAGCGCAGAGAACGAGCAUGGGCUCAGAUUCCAAGAGUCGCAACCAGCAAAUAGAGGAUUGGUCAAAUGAUAUCUACCGUCCAGGACCGCGUCUUGCAGAUCUCCUUUCUGACCGUCCCAGCAAGCGGGCUAGCUUCUUACCAACUACCUCGCGAUUCUCGAGUCCUUAUACUGGCAGCAGUGCCGGCAAGCAACGAGUUCCAUAUGUCACUAUGGCCAGCCAGAAUUCUACGUCACGGCUUAUGCCCCCCGCAGCUGCAUCUGCGGAUCUAUAUAACAGCCCUAAAGGCAGUAUCGGAGAUUCCGCCACCGACAAGGUCAUCGAAGCAGAUACAGCAGGAGGACCAGGAGGAAUAAUCCACUCAGCCGUGGUCCCUCAACCGCCGCCGGAAUGGCAGCCGUAUGGUUUCCCCUUGGCACAUGCUAUGUGCUUAGUGACGUGCUACUCUGAAGGAGAGGAUGGAAUUAGGACUACGCUUGACUCAAUCGCCAUGACUGAUUAUCCUAAUAGCCACAAGACGAUCGUUGUCAUUUGCGAUGGUAUGAUCAAGGGCAAGGGCGAAGAUUACUCAACUCCAGAGAUUGUUCUCCGCAUGAUGAAGGAUCCAAUUGUUCCUCGUGAUGCAGUUAAGUCGUUCUCCUACGUUGCUGUCGCGACAGGGUCGAAGCGCCAUAACAUGGCCAAAGUUUACGCCGGUUUCUAUGACUAUGGAGAAUCAUCGGUUGUGCCCCGGGAUAAGCAGCAGCGCGUCCCAAUGAUGAUUAUCGUUAAGACGGGAACGCCGGCAGAAUCCAAGGUUGCGAAGCCCGGAAAUCGAGGAAAGCGGGAUAGUCAGAUCAUCUUGAUGGCGUUUCUGCAGAAAGUCAUGUUCGAUGAGCGAAUGACGGAGCUGGAGUUUGAGAUGUUCAACGGCCUGUGGAAUGUCACCGGUAUCCCACCUGAUUUCUACGAGGUCGUCCUCAUGGUAGAUGCGGAUACCAAGGUGUUCCCGGACAGUUUAACGCAUAUGAUCUCCGCGAUGGUGAAAGACCCCGAAGUGAUGGGUCUCUGCGGAGAGACCAAAAUUGCAAACAAGACGGAAAGCUGGGUGACGAUGAUCCAAGUGUUCGAGUACUUUAUCUCGCACCACCAGUCCAAAUCCUUCGAGUCCGUCUUCGGUGGUGUCACCUGUCUUCCUGGCUGUUUCUCGAUGUACCGCAUCAAAGCACCAAAAGGAGGGCAAAACUACUGGGUUCCCAUCCUUGCCAACCCAGACGUGGUCGAACAUUACUCUGAAAAUGUUGUCGACACACUACACAAAAAGAACCUCCUCCUCUUAGGCGAAGACCGCUACCUCUCAACCCUGAUGCUCAAAACCUUCCCCAAGCGCAAACAGGUCUUUGUCCCGCAGGCUGUUUGCAAAACCGUCGUCCCUGAGAAAUUCCGCGUGUUGCUUUCUCAGCGCCGCCGUUGGAUUAACAGCACCGUCCACAACCUCUUCGAACUCAUGCUCGUGCGCGACCUGUGCGGGACAUUCUGCUUCAGCAUGCAGUUCGUCGUUUUCAUCGAGCUGGUCGGUACACUCGUGCUUCCCGCUGCUAUUGCAUUCACUUUUUACGUCGUCAUCUCGUCAAUUGUCAACAAACCCGUGCAGGUGAUUCCGCUCGUACUCCUUGCAUUGAUUCUAGGUCUACCAGGUGUGUUGAUCAUCGUUACCGCACACCGAUUGGUAUACGUCCUGUGGAUGUUCAUUUACCUCCUUUCUCUACCGAUAUGGAACUUUGUCUUGCCGACGUAUUCGUACUGGAAGUUUGAUGACUUCAGUUGGGGUGAUACGAGGAAGACGGCGGGCGAGGAGAAGAAGGGACAUGAUGUUGAGGGAGAGUUUGAUAGUACGAAGAUCACGAUGAAGAGGUGGAGGGAUUUUGAGAGAGAUCGACGUCUCCAACUGCAAGCCGGGAAGGUCCACCAUGGGUAUUCUUAUGGGCAUGGGAAUUAUGAUUGA